CAAAAGUAUUUCAGUUGGAUUUAAAUUUAACAACAAGUCUGUACAGCUCGGUGAAAUGUCAAAGGAUAUAGUGAUUUACGUUUUCUGCAUGUUUAUAUGGAAAUAUUGUAUUGCAACUGAUUUUAUAGGAUCAAACAAAAUCAGUUCGACCAAUUUCAACGAUUGGCUACAGGAAGUUAAUAUUCAAUAUUUGGCUUUGAAUCAACUAUCAGCUUCAUUUGCCUGGGAUCUUAUAAUAGAUCCUAAUUCGCAUGUAUACGACGAAGCAUCACAAUUAGGCAAACAUCGUUCGAAAUGGCAACAUCAGCGAUGUACAGAAGCCGAGGAGAUGACUGUGGAUAACAUGACUGAUGUUCAAAAGCGCAUGGUUUGGCUUCUCUGUCGAGGACCUAGAUACACUGAAUACCAAGGGGGAGAACUAUCGGCCAUCUUAAAUGAGAUACAAAAUAUUUACUCUGAAACGGAAAUCUGUCUUCCUAAGGCUUUUGAUGUUUGUAUAAAUGUUAAUCGAAUCUGGGACUAUACCUAUGCAAGAACUCCAGAUAGUGAAAUAGUCAAAUUAAAUAUGAGACUGAUUGAACCUAAAUUGCGUAUCGACUUCAAUCCUCUAAAUUAUUUCGAUGGCAACGUGACAGAUGAUUAUUACAUUUUCCGAGGCCUAAAGGAUCUAUCACAUUUUUCCCAGGAAUUCGAAAUAGAUGAAAAAAUUCGUGAAUCUGAAAAAUUCUGUUUGGAUAUCGAAAGAGACUUGGAGAAAAUAAUGGCGGGAAACUUUUCUGCACUUCACAGAUUAGACUGUGCUUUGCCUCAGGAUGUGAUUGUCCGAUGGGCUUGGGAAUCAUGGAGAUUGGCAGUGGGACCAGAAAUUGGAAAUUCCUAUCCUAGUGCUGUAUAUUUGAUGAAUGCUGGAGCACAGAAUAAUGGCUACAAUGACAUUGGAGAAUGCUGGCGUGAAGAGCUUGAAAUUCCAGAUUUGGAAAAUUUUACCCAAGAACUUUGGCAUAAAAUAAAGCCCUACUACCAACUGCUUCAUGGGGUGUUGAGGAAUGUUCUAUACAAAAAGUUCCAGAAGCCUGAUUUCAUGGAUAAAAAAGGUCCUAUUCCUGCACAUCUUCUGGGUAACAUGUGGUCUCAAGAUUGGAGUAGCUAUCAUAAACUUUUAUCACCGUUUUCCGAUGUUUACAUUGAAGAUAACGUCCGUAAUUCCAACUGGAGCACUCUUGAUAUGGUCAAAAGAGCUGAAGAUUUCUUCACAUCAAUGGGCAGAAAUCAAAUGACCCAGAAAUUCUGGGAUCAUUCGAAAUUUGAAAAGACCAAAAAUAACACAAAAUGUCAUGGUAGUGCUGGCAACAUGUUUACAGGCGAUGAUUAUCGCAUGAUAGUUUGUGCCGAAACAACACUAAACGAUUUUUAUGUGAUUGUCCAUGAAAUGGGACACAUUGAAUAUUACAUGCAUGUUCUAAAUCAACCACCUCUCUUUCAAGAUGCAACAAAUUCUGCAUUUGGUGAAGCUAUUGGUGAUGCCAUCUUUUUGGGCAUCAUGAGUCCGCAACAUUUGAUUAGACUGGGAUUGUUGAACGAUAAAUUUUUAGCUCCAACGAGAAAACUUUCAACUAGAGAACUACGAGUUGUUCAUGAGAAUAAUGAAGCAAAAGAAUUUCGUAAAGCUCCAAUUCCAAAAAGUUCUCCCAAGUUCACAACAAAUGAUGUUUUUACAUUGGGUGAUACAAAAUAUCCAGAUUUUGAUUCAUUAAAUGCAAAAAUGGACACAUUUAUGCGUUUUAAAGAUGUUCAUGAUAAAUCAAUCAAUGAAUUUGAUUUAUCACAUUUGUUGCGUUUAGCUUUAGAGAAGAUUCCACAUAUUCCGUUUGAGUAUAUUUUGGAUCAAUGGAGAUGGAAAAUAUUUAGUGGAGAGAUCACAAUGGAAGAUGCAAAUGCAUAUUUUUGGAAGCUGAGCAUGGAAGAACAGGGUAUACAUGCACCAGAUUGGAUAAAUCGAAGAGAUAUGUUUGAUGCGGCUGCUAAGUAUCAUGUGGCUGAUAAUACUCCAUACGUAAGGUACUUUCUUUCAAGUUUUCUCCAAGUGCAAAUCUUCAAAGGACUCUGUGAGAAGACAGUUUUUGGAAAAUUCAAUACUGGCCAAGAACUUCCAAUGCCUCUUCAUCGCUGUGAUAUUUAUGGUUCAAAAAGAGCCGGUCAUAUUUUAAAAAAAGCUCUAUCCUUGGGUUCAUCAGUUCAUUGGAGUGAAGUCCUCUACAUUCUAACUGGCAGUCGUGAAAUUUCCGCUCAACCCCUAAUCGAAUACUAUCAGCCAUUGUUUACAUGGCUUGAAAAAAUUGCAAUAGAAUAUGAUAUUCCUAUUGGAUGGUGAAUACAAGACAAAAAAAAAAUAAACCAUUAAACAAUAAUAAUUGACCUUUUUGUUGUAUUAGUUUAACACAUAUUAUUCACUUGUAAAGGCUUUUAACAUUAAUUAUAAUAAUAAUUAAAAAAGA